UAAAUUGCAAAUGAACUAAGACUACUUUGGAAGUCAGUGACUAAAUCUAAAAUCUACACCGGUAGCCACAUGAUGUCGCUGUACACCACAAAGUCUUAAAGGCAAUGAAGUGCGCUAUCUAAAAUUAUCUGAAGGAAACUCCAUUUUGUCACCGCCCCGAGAAGACAAAAAACGGUCGGAGAGGGAUUACAAAAGUAUGAAUCAGAAGAGCUUAAUUUCGAAGUGAAGUGGGAGAGUAACGGAGUGUGUGCUUUUGCGAUGCUGUUUUCUAGGCGAGGAAACAAGGGAGUCCCGCGUCUGCUGCUCUUCAUCCUGCUGGCUGCAGCCUGGGAGACGGGGAGCGGCCAGCUCCACUACUCUGUCCCCGAGGAGGCCAAGCACGGCACGUUCGUGGGCCGCAUCGCUCAGGACCUGGGGCUGGAGCUGGCGGAGCUGGUGCCGCGCCUGUUCCGGGUGGCGUCCAAGGACCACGGGGACCUUCUGGAUGUAAACCUGCAGAAUGGCAUUUUGUUUGUGAAUUCUCGGAUCGACCGCGAGGAGCUGUGCGGGCGGAGGGCGGAGUGUAACCUCCACCUGGAGGUGAUCGUGGACAGGCCGCUGCAGGUUUUCCAUGUGGAGGUGGAGGUGAAGGACAUUAACGACAAUCCUCCGGUCUUCAAAGAAACAGAACAAAGGUUAUUUAUUUUUGAAUCUAGACUUCUGGGUUCGCGCUUUCCGGUAGAGGGCGCUGCAGAUGCGGACGUUGGUGCCAAUGCCCUUAUAACAUACACCCUGAGCUCUAACGAUUAUUUCUCUUUGGAUGUUCAGGCAACUGAUGAAUUGAGUAAGUCACUUUCGCUUGAAUUGAGGAAACCUUUAGAUAGAGAAGAAAUGCCAGGGCUUCUCUUGUUAAUGACAGCCAGAGACGGGGGCAAACCAGAGCUAGAAGGUGCAGUUCAGCUGCUGAUCACUGUGCUGGAUGUUAAUGAUAAUGCUCCGUUGUUUACCCAGAAUGUGUACAGAGUCCACUUAUUAGAAACUGUGGAAAAUGGAACAUUAGUGACCACAGUAAAUGCCUCUGAUGCUGACGAAGGUGUAAAUGGAGAGAUUAUCUUUUCUUUUGGUGGUGACGUUCCUCCCGAUAUUAAAAAAAACUUCAAAAUCGAUGCCAUCUCAGGAGAAAUUAUGCUGACUGGUAGAUUGGACUACGAGGAAACAGACUUAUACGAAGUUCAGGUUAAAGCAGUUGACAGAGGUAGUCCACCGAUGGCAAAUCACUGUAAAAUUUUAGUGAAAGUACUGGAUGUAAAUGAUAAUGCCCCGGAACUGACUAUCACAUCACUUUCUUUGCCCAUCAGAGAAGACACUCCACCAGGCACGGUCAUUGCCUUGAUUCGUGUAUCAGAUCUCGACUCUGGUGCGAACGGGCAGGUGACUUGCACCUUAUCUCCUCGUGUCCCUUUCAAGCUGGUGUCCACCUUCAAGAAUUACUAUUCACUUUUGUUAGACAGCACCUUGGACCGCGAGAGCGUGUCCAACUACCAGGUGGUGGUGACCGCGCGCGACGGGGGCUCGCCCCCGCUGUGGGCCACCGCCAGCGUGUCUGUGGAGGUGUCAGACGUGAACGACAACGCGCCCGCGUUCACGCAGCCCGAGUACACGGUGUUCGUGAAGGAGAACAACGCGCCCGGCUGCCACAUCUUCACGGUGUCAGCGCGCGACGCGGACGCGCAGGACAACGCGCGCGUGUCGUACUCGCUGGUGGAGCGGCGGGUGGGCGAGCGGCUGCUGUCGAGCUACGUGUCUGUGCACGCGGAGAGCGGCAAGGUGUUCGCGCUGCAGCCGCUGGACCACGAGGAGCUGGAGCUGCUGCGCUUCCAGGUGAGCGCGCGCGACGCGGGCGUGCCGCCGCUGGGCAGCAACGUGACGCUGCAGGUGUUCGUGCUGGACGACAACGACAAUGCGCCCGCGCUGCUGCCCACGGGCGCGGGCGCAGGCUCGCUGGGGGGAGCGCGCAGCGAGCUGGUGUCGCGCUCGGUGGGCGCGGGCCAAGUGGUGGCGAAGGUGCGCGCCGUGGACGCCGACUCGGGCUACAACGCGUGGCUGUCGUACGAGCUGGCGCCGGCGGCGGGCGGCGCGCGCAGCCCGUUCCGCGUGGGGCUGUACACGGGCGAGAUCAGCACGACGCGCGGCCUGGACGAGGCGGACGCGGCGCGCCAGCGCCUGCUGGUGCUGGUGAAGGACCACGGCGAGCCGGCGCUCACGGCCACGGCCACCGUGCUGCUGUCGCUGGUGGAGAGCGGCCAGGCGCCCAAGGCGUCGUCGCGGGCGGCGUUGGCCGGCGCGGCGGCGGCGGCGGGCCCUGGCGCGGCGCUGGUGGACGUGAACGUGUACCUGAUCGUGGCCAUCUGCGCUGUGUCCAGCCUGCUGGUGCUCACGCUGCUGCUGUACACAGCGCUGCGCUGCUCGGCGCCGGCCCGCGAGGCUGCGUGCGGGGCUGGGAAGCCGGUGCUGGUGAGGCCGAGCGCGGUGGGGAGCCGGUCGCACUCACAGCAGAGAAGGCAGAGGUGUGCUCUGGGGAGGCUCCGCCCAAGACCGACCUCAUGGCCUUCAGCCCUUGCCUGUCUCCAGGACUGAACACGUCGGAAGAAAAUGAAUGCCUAGAAACAAAUUCAGACCUCUCCAUUCAUCCGCGGCAGCCCAACCCUGACUGGCGUUACUCUGCGUCCCUGAGAGCCGGCAUGCACAGCUCUGUGCACCUGGAGGAGGCUGGCAUUCUACGGGCUGGGCCAGGCGGCC